AUGGUAUCGACAGAAGGAGUUAAUUUUGUGAAAAUAUAUUAUCGUUCACGUCUUAUCAGGAAAGCGGCAACUUUCAAGUUCAACGAAAAGUUCUGUGUUCCUCAUGGAUGGAGUCUCGCUCAUAAGCAACUCGAUCCGACGUUUUUCGUGUGCACUCUCACAGAUCUUAUGGGAGCUCAUCAAUAUGCUUGUUGUCUUCAGGUGUAUGAACCGUGCUUCUAUGGUUCUGACGAGGAUUGUGACGAAACGUUUCAUGCUUCCUGCUCUAUGUAUCGACCUCGAGUAUACGUAAUCCUCUCCCGUUAUCCAUACUUUGAUCUUUUUAGGACAUGUCUUCAUCACAUCUUCCUUGGUAUCCAAAAUGAUGUAGCUGCGGCGGAAGUGAUGAUCGCAACAGUCAUUAGCAAAAUAUUGUUAGUCGGCAGAACUCCCAUUAGCUUCACACUGGGAGGAGAGCGGGUAUCAGUGCAACCUAUUCUUCAACGACGGGUCCCGUUAACGGGGGAUCGUGUCGCACAAUUUGCUAAAUGUCUAGGCUCUAUUCAUAAUUUGCUAACGGUGGUUAGAGCAGUGUUGUGUGAUGCUAAAAUUGUACUGCAUAGCUCUUCCAAACAGCGCCUGUCUGAUUCAGCAUAUGCUAUAAAGUCCCUGAUAUUCCCAUUCGAGUACACGUAUACCUUUGUGACAGCCCUGCCUGCGUUGCUGCUCGAAUAUUUAGAAAGUCCUACUCCCUAUCUAAUGGGUGUGCUUUCACAAGUAAGAGAGAAGCUACCAAAUGUAGAUGCCGUAGUCGUAGAUCUAGACACAGGUGAAGUCCGCUUGCCAGAAAAUAACCAUCUUGCCGAACUUCCAUCACCAUUUCGCGAACGUCUGGUGACUCGAUUGCAAAGAUCCUGA